CACCAUCUCCUUCAUGGGACGUUUUUGCUUUCAGGCGGUCACAUCGGGAGAGCUACGGAGGCGAGAUGAGCACCACGUCGUCAAUGGUCUUCUACUUCCUGGUGUUCCUCGCAGAGAUCCUCAUGUUUGGCGUGCUGAGUCUGGUGCUCUUCUGGGUCGUCUACUACCGAGGAGGGUUCGCCUGGCGAGAGGACGUUGCCAAAGAGUUCAACUACCACCCAGUGCUCAUGGUCACUGGAUUCAUCUUCUUUAUGGGCCAUGCCAUGUUGGUGUACCGCUUGUACCGAUGCUGCAACAAGCUGACUGCCAAGAUCCUCCACACCUUCCUGUACCUGAUGGCCGUGCCAUGCAUCGUGGUGGGGACAAUAACGGUGUUUGACUCCCACAACCUGAGAGUGCCGCCCAUCCCCAACCUCUACUCCCUCCACUCGUGGCUUGGGGUGGUCACCAUUGGACUCUUUGCCCUGCAGGUAACACAUACGCUUGUGGUAGGGUUCUUCAGCUUUUGGGUCCUGCUGUGCUGUGAGCAGGGUUCAGCCAAGUUCCGGGCUGGUCUUGUGCCAGUCCACGCCACCUUUGGCAUCAUCACCUUCAUGCUGGCCAUUGCUACAGCUGUGACAGGCUAUACAGAGAAGGCCUUCUUUUCCCUCAGCAAUUACUCUCAGAUGCCGGAAGAAGCCUGGGUGAUCAACGCUCAGGCAACAUGUUUGGCUGGGCUGGCUAUUCUGAUGGGCUUCCUUCUCUACUCCUCCCGUUAUGCACGAAGCAGACACCCUGUGGCUAUUGUUGAACCACCCUCCAGCUCUCACUAUGUCAUGACUCAAAAGACUUAUUACUACAGAGACCAUGAAUAGUUUUGUUUGAUAUGUAUAUAUAUAUAUAUAUAUAUAUAUAUAUAUAUAUAUAUAUAUAUAUAUAUAUAUAUAUAUAUAUAUAUAUAUAUAUAUAUAUAUUAUUUUCUAUGCAUUGUCAGUUAAUCCUAUACCUGUUUUCUAUAAUACAGGGUUUCAAUACAUAUGUUUCUUGGAGUGCAAAUCGUGACAGUAAAUCUCUGAUAUUUUUGCUGCAAAGACGUAACAUGUAGUUUCAAAGUUAUCUAUGAUGGUCUCUGUACUUGACGAUGUAUGUAGAAUGAAUUCAGUAAAAGUCCUGGAGAAACUGGAGCCUGAAUAGUCUACAUAUUUCAUCUUUUUUUUUAUUUUACUGUGUGUCAGAUCAUUACUUAGAGAUUUAUAUUUUUAUUACUUUUUAGCUCUUAAUAUAUUGCUCCUUUUUACAAACAGUUUUAUAUUUAGGUGUACAGCAGACAGCUACAGUAGGAGCUCGGCAAAAACACUUUCCUAAAUAACGUUUUCAACAGUAUAACGGUAAGUUAGAAUAGAUGUCAAGUUUCUACAAUAACGUUUGUAUUCUCUUGGUUAGCAUAUUUUUUGUAUGGAAGAAAGUGUUUAGUUGCAUCUUGGAUAGCAAUUUUUUGCCAUUAUUUUGAUGACGUAGUCGUCAAACUUGCACAUUGAACGUGUGUAUAAACAGAUUUUUUGGUGGAUUCACCUCAGGACCUUCCUUCAUUUUUCCACUUGAACCUCUCAUAUCACUAUUUUUUUUUAUAUAUGAUCCAAUAUAAGUCAUUAUUGAAGCGACACUAGUAUUGUAAAAAUCACUUUAAAAAAGUUAGCGAGGUGUUUGGUAUGAUGAUUGAUACUAGCUUUACACAUGGAGACUAUCGUGGCUUCUCAGCCCUGGCUCAUGUGCGUCCAUCAACACAUCAAACGCAUCAGAGCCAACACUUAAAGCCGCGUCCACACUAGGCCUCACGAGGCGACUCAUGAGGCGCCUCGUGCACCGCCUCACGGGUGUGUGUCCACACCAAGCAUGAGAAACCUCUUAAUGGAGAAAUAAGGGGACCAGGUAGGAAAAAUUGAGCUAGUACGUACAUUAUUUUUUACAUAUUUUUGUUAUAACUAUUUAGAUGGGUAAUUUUAGGUUAUAAUGUAUAAAUAAGGCAUGUACAUUAACAUAUGUGUACAUCAAAUCCUUAAUAAUCUCUCAUAAUGGAGAAAUAAGAGCUAGGCUGUGGAACUUGGCUGGAGUCACAAUCGGUGUGCUCCUUUUCUUGUGCGUGCCGUGCUGGGUUGUUACAAUAUAUCCCAGGCUUUAUGAAGGAAAAUACAUGAAAAGAUCCAAGCAGAAGCUAGGUAUGGCUUUAGCAGUUGUUAACCAGCUUAAAAAUAUGUAAAAAGUGUCGAUCGGUCCACCACUACCACCCGCCUGCGCUCAGGGUUUUGCCAAAGAUCUAUAGAAUUCUUCUCUAUCAUCAGAGAACACCACACUUCAUAUUUGAUGUGUAAGUCUUUGAAUAAAACCAAGAUUCGAAUGAGAUUCUUGCUGGCGAGGGUCUCCAGCGCGCGUCACCGCCGUGACGUCAUAGAACACGUGACGUCAUUGCUGAGCUGAUGACGUUUCACUGAACUAUCCUUAGUUUGUCUCUCAUCCUUGGUCCACACUAUGUUUCCACGGCUGCCUCAUCCUGCCUCGCCAGUCAUAAUGUUUGUUCUUCACCUGCCAGAUGCAAGGGUGCUGGUUCAGAAUAUCAAUAAGUAAAAGAGUGUUGCUCGGUGUCCACUCCACGUUGUCAUCAACGUUUUCAGCCAUGAUACUGAGCAGUGCGCAGCCAAUGUUGCCCCGUUCACGACAAAUGAGUCUAGCCUCAUGCCCCCAAAAUGCCUCUCGCCAGAGUUGCUGGCAGCCGCCUCAUGCGCCUACGUUUUCUAUGUUUUUUCUGAGUCCGGGUGCACGAGCCGCUUCAUGAGCCGCCUCGCGAGGCCUAGUGUGGACGCGGCUUUACAUUUACUUUUCUGAAGGUGAAAAUAUCACACAAUACUAAAUCACAAGGAAUGGAAGUUUCUGAGCCGUGGGUGACCAGGCCGUUACCAAAGAUAUUAGACAAUAAGGAAUCUUCACAGAUCCUAGUUUUACCAACAAUGCAUCAUGUGUUGUCUGUGACUCUUGAUCCAAAUGAAAGUACCGAGUUGAAUGGUCUUCAGUGACCUGCAUGGCCAUUCCCACAGUUUGGCCACCGUACAGUGUACGCUUUUGUCACUAAUCAGAGCUGUAUACAUGUAGUUUGAACUGAUGCAUGGUGUAACUGUCUCUUGUCCUUAGUUGAGGCCAGAUCUCUCCCAAUAGCUCAAGGUUCUCAUACUCUUUAGUUUAAAGUGGUGCGUGAGCUGCUGUGUGACUGUUUCGCCUCUAUAACCAAGAGUUGUGAGAGUUGCCUUUGGUGGGUUUUAUGAUGUGUUGAUGAUGUGUCAUAUGCGUCAGAGACAGGAAUGCAGCACAGCAGUCGAGAACACAUGCAGUGGAAAUGAGUUUUGUAAGAGGUGCAUGUUGUGUGUCAGGAUGAGAUAAAAGUGUGAGAGGUUUGGCAAGGGUGUGGCAGUGAAAGGAGUGGAUUGUGGAGUGGGUGAAGCGUGGUGCACUUAGAUGGUUUGGACACGUGAUGAGAACUGGGGAGAAUUAUUUUUUGAAGAGAGUGUAUGAGGGAAGGAUUGAGGGAGGGGGUGUCAGGGGAAGACCACCUGUGAAGUGGAUCAAUAGGGUAAGUGAGUAUUGGAGCGAGAGAGUUGGAAGUAGCAGGAUUGAGUGUGCUGAGAGGGAGUGCCAGAACAGGGAGAGAUGGAGACACUUCUGCUGCAGCCACCACGUGAAAGGAAGUUCAUGUGAGGGAGCACAUCAUCGGAGAUAUAGAUAGAUUGCUAGAGGUGAGUUAGCCUGGCAUGAGGGGCCAGCAUAAGGAUGAGGCAAGUGGACCAUGCGUAAGACCCGAAACAGCCAUCAUACCAGUCUGCCCAUUAACUCCUUUAUGGUGAGUUUCAUGUCACUCAGAUUGAUUCAGUUAGGUGUCUUAUUCACCUAAAAAAGAUACUGAGAGGAAUGUUUUGAAUGGAAACAGUGGGUGAAAAUACUCUUGUAGUUUAUGAGCAGUUCAAUGUCAUGCAAAAAGUUUUCAUUAGUAACCCCGUUUUUCAGCCACUAAUGAAAUGUUUUUGGCGAGAUCCUACUGUACAUGUACUUUUAGUUUGUGUACUGUGUGUCAGAAAUAGAUGGAAAGAUGCAUGCACCUUGUCUGUGUGAAUAAAGCAAACAGGAAGAUUA